AUGACUAAACAGCUGAACAAAGAGCAUCAGCCUAUCCUUGCUAAUAGCAAAAAGCUGUCAUCAAGCGAAGGGCCUUUGCGAUUUAUAUUUUCACGUUUUGUACAAUUCUUUCCUUCUGUUUUGAAACAGGUAUUUUGUGAUGCUAAUCAAGUCGUACAAGCCACAGACGUGCUGGACUGGGAAGACAAGGAUGCUGCAGAGACGCUGGUCGACAAUGUUGUCCAUUCCAGGAUCAUCAAUCCUUUACGCCUGUUUGUUAAGCCAUCUCCAGUACUGAAACACGGCCAGGUGUCCUACUCGGACAGCAUAGAAAACUUUUGGGAUUGGUUGUCCAACAUCACGGAGGUUCAGGAAUCUCUCGCACGAACUAAACGCAGACCUAUAGUAAAAACUGGGAAAUUCAAGAAAAUGUUUGGAUGGGGCGACUUCCACUCUAACAUCAAAACUGUUAAGCUGAACCUCCUGAUCACAGGGAAAAUCGUCGAUCACGGCAAUGGGACCUUCAGUGUUUAUUUCCGACAUAACUCCACAGGUCUAGGAAAUGUUUCUGUAAGCCUGGUGCCACCUUCCAAGGUGGUUGAGUUUGAAUCGUCUCCACAGUCAACACUGGAGACCAAGGAAUCCAAGUCCUUCAACUGCCGAAUUGAGUACGAAAAAACAGACCGCGCGAAAAAAACUGCCUUGUGCAAUUUCGACCCUUCAAAGAUCUGCUAUCAAGAGCAGACUCAAAGCCAUGUCUCCUGGUUGUGUUCCAAACCAUUUAAAGUCAUCUGCAUUUACAUCGCUUUUUACAGCGUAGAUUACAAACUGGUGCAAAAGGUCUGUCCCGAUUAUAAUUACCAUAGUGAGACUCCCUACUUGUCCUCUGGCUGAUACCAUCGUGGGUAACUGUAGAGAUGCAGCAUCAGUCGUCAAAAUAAGCAUUUCCAUUAACCUUUUGGAGAAGAAUAUGUUUUCCUAUCAGGUUAAGAAGUCUUUAAAAACUGUAGCUGUGUUUGUGCUGUAUCGUAAAUAAUCAAACUAUUUAUGUAACAAACAUUUUCAUUUGAGACCACUGCAUUUUAGCUCUCGUCAUUAAUAAGGGAACUACCAGGCAGACACAUGACAAAAAUCAAACAAAAUUAUGUCGGUAAUGAACAUCGAGCUUGAAAAACAGGUUUUUUUAAACCAGACUCGAUGGCAGAGAGGUGGUCUUGUACUUGAAUUGGACAGCACUUAGCAGGAUCCUAUUUCUCAUUGGGAACUUUAGAAGAUGACAAUAUAAAGAACAAAAGAUGAAGCAGACUCCCAGCUGUUUAUAUACAAAAUCCAAAUAAACAGCUCUCCCAUCAAUUUCAUAAAGAAUGUUACACUCGCGGGGCUCAAGGAAUCAAGUCCAAAUACUGAGAGAAAGUGCUAUUUCUAGGACAAAAAAAAAAAGGAAUCUGCAUUUCUAUGAGUUGUAGCAGUUGUACGUAUUCAUUGAAGUGAAGAGUGAGUGGUUCUUCCUUCAGACUUCUUACCCAUAGAUAUGCAAUGAUGUAAUUAGACAUGGAUGAGCUUUAGUGUAACAAUCUAGACCCCCCAGGUGUGCAGGUUUGGUGUACGUUUCUUCCUUCCAUGGUCACCAUUGGUUUUGAUCCUUCUCAAAUGUUUUCACACACACCAGUACUAGUUUUACAGUGAUAGAGAAUAUCCAUACCUUGGAAAAAGAUAAUCUCUGUUUAAGUCUGAGAACAACAGGGGCAGGCUUCCACUUAAGGGAAGCAAUUAUCUUGCCAUCUAGCCCUCUUAGCACUGCACCUUAGCAAGGAAAACACAUCACAGCAUUAGGACGAUACCUGAACAACACAAGCUUUCUGCUUAAUGGCACCCGGUUGUCUUCCUUAGCAUUGCAUUGCAUACCUUACGUCAAAAUAUUAAGCAAUGACAAAUAAAGAGGACAACAACAACAAAAAAAAAAUCUAUGCAUCUUCGCCUCAUAAAGCAGAUUUCAAGCAAUUGCUAUCGAUACAAAAAUACUCAGCCCGACUUUCCCCUAGUACAGAAUAGCAUCACCCCACCGUAGUUAGUGACGAGAACGGAGGGUCCGGCUGUGGUUUGGCUUCAACAGGACAGAAGCUGCUCCCACUGCAGUCAACAGCAGCUAGCUCCAGCGCUGCAGCUUCAACCGUCAGUCCCCUGCGCUUUCGUUGGGUAUUGAUUUUGCUGCUGCUGCCAAUUUGCUAUCGUAGUCCUUUGUGAUGGUUCGAUGUCACAGGUCCCCUGGAAGAAGCUGGCUGAGGAAGUGCUUUUUAUUGCCUACAGUCAAACUUACAUGCAGGGUCCAAGAAGGUACAUGCAGCUUAAAUAAAGUACUAUUAAAAUACUCUGUUCAAGUGGCGUGCACCCAGACAAAUGGCUAUGACAGCUCAGAAAGACUCGCUCAUGAGAUUAAUUCUGAUUCCCUUGGUGAAGUCUCAUACAAAAAAAUUACUGUUAAAAAUAUAUUACAAGUAACUGGCUAAUUUGCUUUUCUCUUUAGGUGACAAAUUUAAAUGUGUGGUUUAGUUUGAUCAAUAAUCUAACGUUUUCCUUCAUCUUAUUUCAUACAGAGCCUCUCUUGGUCUAAAUGAUGUUUUUUAGUUUGUCUAUUACUGUUGAUUCCUACAAGAUGGUCUACUUUGUAUUCUGUAUAGCGUGUCCUCGUUCUGGCUGUAUAUAAGCUCGGAUUUAUUGCUAUGAGUUCCGUGGUUGGUGCUUUUGUAACUUAGCUGUAAGCCAUGAUUUUAUUGCCAUGUAUUUUUACUCAGCACUGUAGGCAAUUAAAAGAAAACCCUACAUGCUAUUUAUUGUAGAGUAUGUGGAAAUCAUGUAUGUAUAUACACUUAAAUAUGUGUACAUAUACAGAAUAUAUGUGUACAUGUAUUUGUAUGUAAAUAAAGAGAGUUUGCUAAAUC